AUGGAGAAAUCAGUCCUCUCGGUCUGCUUGUUGGCCGCACUGGGGAUAGUUCUGUGCAUGUCUUCGUUAGACGCUGCUUUGGUUACUAACAAGUAUGAAGACAACUUGCCAAUCGGCAGUCCUAGCUGGUGUAUCGAUAAACUGCAGUCGUUAAAUCUGCACCACUUUGAGGUCCUCCCGGGGGCUGGAUGGGACAAUCUGGAGAACAAGGCACGCGGUCAGGUCAUAAAGCGUACCUACUAUGAGUGUCGCACAACAGAUGACGGUAAAUUCCUCCUCCCAGAUGGCGUGAUCACCACACCAGUCAAGUCGAGCAAACUGAAUGUCUUCUCGAAGAUCUACUCAUCCUGGAUGGAAUAUAAGGAAACAACAUCAGAAUCUAUCAACGUUGCAGCAAAUUUCCAUAACGAAUUUUUCAGCAUCGAUGGCAUGUUUUCAACGGAAUCCCAAUCCGUCAAGGAGAAUCAAAUCGGACAAAACACUUCUAUCGUACGAACACAGGCGAGGUAUGUUAAAUACACAGCCAAUCUGCAGCCUGACACUCCCUUCCAUCCAACCUUCAGAGCACGUGUUAUGGAAAUAGCUAAAUUAAUUCAGACCAAUGAAACUGCUGUUGCUCGUUACGAGAGCCAACGGUUGGUACGGGACUUUGGUACUCACGUUUUGACGGGAUUGGACGCCGGGGCGGUGAUUGCACAGAUUCAACAUGUCAGCUCUAAGUUCGUGAAAAACAACGACGAAAAAACAACACGUCGAAUGGCAUCCCUCAGUACAUCGUUUUCCUUCAGUCCUAAUGGUACGAAUUCCUCUCUCAGUGAGCAGGAACUAAAGGAGUUCUCCAACAGCGUGGAACAUUCCACCAUUAAAACGUAUGGAGGACCUUCAUAUCAACCGAAUACUUUUAAACUUGACACCUGGGCUGAGGGACUAGACGAUAACUUGGUCGCUGUUGACAAAGAAGGUACGCCUUUAUACUAUUUCAUAACUGCAUCCGCCUUUCCUGAACUACCAAACUACAUAGUUCCUGGUGUGUUCAAUCAUAUAUACCAGGCAGUAUAUCUGUAUUAUAAGUUUAAUACAUAUCGUGGGUGUACUGAUGCCAAUAAACCCAAUUUUAAUCGGAAAGCUAACGUGGAGGACGGAACAUGCACUCCUCCUUCGACCAACUUUACGUUUGGUGGUGUAUAUCAAACAUGUACACAGGACAGUGUUCUCAAACCUGACCACUGCUCGGAAUACAUUAAGAAGAAUCCCUUGACUGAUGACAUGACGUGUCCUUCCGGCUACUCGUCUGUACUUCUGGACAAUUCUGAUAUUACCAAAACAGAUACUACUCGGGAAUGUCAUAAAGUCUGGUACAAACUAUGGAUAGGCCAAAAGUGCACUGAUGUCCCAGUCUCUGGAAGUCUGCAUGUUAAUUCCUAUUGGUGUGGGGCUACCGGUAAUGUGCAACAACAUUCGGGAUACAUGUUCGGUGGCCUGUUCACUCCUAAUGUCGGCAAUCCCAUGACAGGGGGAAGCACUUGCCCUCCAAACUUUUACGGACUACCACUCAAUGACGGUCUGACAAUCUGUCUUACGCAAGACUUUGAUGCCGGGUUUACUUAUGCUGCACCUUUUGGAGGCUUCUUUACUUGUCACACUGGUAAUCCCCUAGCAACCAGUGGGAAAACCGAUCCAUCUCAAUGGUCAAAAUCGUGUCCAAGAGGUUUCAGCAAUCAUCUUGCGCUUGUAUCGAAAAAUUGCGAAAUAGAAUAUUGUGCAGUAACAAGAACAAUAUCCGAUAAGGGUUUACCCUCGCUAAGGAAACCACCUUUCAUGACGUAUCCAGGUUAUAGAAAUACCGAAAUGGCUGAUAUUUUCAUCGACACAAAAUCCAAUACAUGGACAAAAUUACCUUCGAACAUGCUGAAAGUACAGGACGCCACCUUGGAUUUGGAAACGGCCAAACUUGUUUUCAGAAACAAUCCAGAGUUUGAAGAACAAAUGCAGUUGAUAAAUAUCCCAACGAUGCAGAUGACGUAUGCAAACACCAGUUCGGAAAGUGACAAUUUGAACAUUUCUACACGCGAUGCUAGUAUCAAUGUUGAAACCACAAUACAACGUGAAAAUGCGCCAAUCCGAAGACUUAAUGCCGACUCGAGCCCCGAUCUUGAAAACUCCCCUGCUUCAAAAGAACACCAGAAUUUACCAAAUGGGAUGGUGGCUGCGCUCUCUGUGGUUACCACCCUUCUGUGUGUCUGCAUUGUUGUCAUAGUAGCAAUGUACAGACGACGCAGAGAACGCGGGAGUGGAGAGACACAAACACUUCUUGGAUAG